ACAUCCCUACAGUGACAUGCCAACAUAAUUUUCAUUUCCUAACCAAAUUUACAAAAAAUAUAAUAAUAUAAUAAUUAUCGACAAGAUGCCAGACGCUGUGCAACAAAGUUUUGUCCGCUCCUUCAUAGACUAUUUGAAGAAGCAGGUGGACGUGUUGUCGCCCGAUCAGAGCGAGAGCAUUGAGGUGGCCAUCCAGUGCCUGCAGGCCGCAUUUGAUGUCGGUGAAGAGGAAACGGCUGCCGAGCAAAUCGAGGCCACUGCACAGAGCACAACGAGUGCACAGCCCGGCGGAGAUGCCGCUGCUCCAAGCAGCAGCACAUCCACUGCCACCACCUCUACCGUGAACACCAAAAACAUCGACAUGUUCGAGCUCUUCCAGUCGCUGUACAUUGAACGGAAUCCAGAGUCGCUGGCGCUGGCCGAAUCAAUCAAAAACGAGGGCAACCGCCUGAUGAAGGAGUGUAAGUACAACGAGGCCCUGCUGCAGUACAACCGCGCCAUCACCUUCGACCCCAAGAACCCCAUCUUCUACUGCAAUCGCGCUGCUGCCCACAUCCGUCUGGGUGACAACGAGCGCGCUGUCACAGACUGCAAGUCAGCUCUUCUCUACAACAAUACCUACAGCAAGGCAUAUUGCCGUCUGGGCGUAGCCUACUCAAACAUGGGAAAGUUCAACGAGGCGGAGCAGGCCUACGGCAAGGCCAUAGAAUUGGAGCCGGAAAAUCCCGACUACCGUAACAACCUGGAGGUGGCACGGAAUGCGCGCAAUCAGCCACCGCAGAUUUCGCAUCUGACCGACGGCCUGAACGCCAUGCUGGCUAAUCCCACGGUCCGCAAUCUAUUCAGCAGCGCCGAGAUCGACCUGGAGCAGCUGCAAUCGAUGACCCAGAACCCCAUGGUGAUGAAUACUAUCAGCCAGUUGUUGGGAGCCGGCGGCGGAGCAGCUGCUCCAGGUGGUGCCACUGCACCUGGCGGUGCCGGUGGUGGCGCUGCACCACAGAUCCCAGCUAUGCCCAACGAUAUGCUGCAGCUGUUCCAGAGCUUUGCCAGCCAACUGGUGGGAAUCCAGCCGCCAGGCGCCGGCAAUCCCAAUGCUGGUAACGGACAACAGCCGGGCAACCAGCCGCCCCCGAGCAUCUGAAAAAA